AGGUGAUUCCUGACUCUGAUGCACAUCGAGCAGGACUUCAGGAAGGGGACCAAGUUCUAGCUGUAAAUGAUGUGGAUUUCCAAGAUAUUGAGCACAGUAAGGACAGAUAAAUUGAGAAGAGGGGGAUUAAAAAAGGAGAAACAGAGACAGCUACAGCACUGCUUCACUGCUCAAGAAGCUUUCCCAUUGCAGAUGGAAACUGCGGCCUUGAACCCAGGUCCUUGGACAUGGUAACACAUGCACUUAGCCAGGGAGACCAUGGCCAGUGGAAAGACUUCACUAUUCACCACCAUAGGCUCCAGCCCACAUCUUGAUGACAGUGAGGUGGAGCUGGACUGCUGGUUUAAUGAGGACUUCAAAUUCAUCUUGCUGCCUGUGAGCUAUGCGACUGUGUUUGUUCUGGGCCUUGCCCUCAAUGCUCCAACCCUCUGGCUUUUCCUCUUUCGCCUCAGACCCUGGGAUGCGACUGCAACCUACAUGUUCCACUUGGCCUUAUCAGACAUGCUGUAUGUGCUGUCACUUCCUACCCUCGUCUACUACUAUGCAGCCCGUAACCACUGGCCCUUUGGCACUGGGUUCUGCAAGUUCAUCCGAUUCCUCUUCUACUGGAAUCUCUACUGCAGUGUCCUUUUUCUUACCUGUAUCAGUGUGCACCGCUACCUGGGCAUCUGCCACCCACUACGGGCACUACGCUGGGGCCGCCCACGCAUAGCAAGCCUUCUCUGUCUGGCAGUUUGGUUGGUGGUGGCUGGCUGCCUUGUGCCCAACUUGUUUUUUGUCACAACCAGCAGCACGGGGACCACUAUCCUGUGCCAUGACACCACUCGGCCAGAAGAAUUUGACCACUAUGUAUAUUUCAGUUCAGCAGUUAUGGUGCUGCUCUUUGGUGUGCCCUGCUUCAUCAUUCUUGUCUGCUAUGGGCUGAUGGCCCGGCGGUUGUACCGGCCCUUGCCAGGGGCUACCCAGUCAUCUUCUCGUCUGCGUUCUCUCCGCACCAUUGCUGUGGUGCUGACAGUUUUUGCUGUCUGCUUUGUGCCUUUUCAUAUCACCCGCACAAUUUAUUACUUGGCAAGGCUGUUGGAAGCUGACUGCUGGAUAUUGAAUAUUGUCAAUGUGGUCUACAAGGUGACUCGACCCUUGGCUAGUGCCAACAGCUGCCUGGACCCUGUACUCUACCUGCUCACAGGGGACAAGUAUCGUCGUCAGCUACAGCACGUCUGCAGGUGUGGAGGGUCCCAGCCACCCACAGCUGCCUCCUCUCUGGCACUGGUGUCCCUGCCAGAGGAUGGCAAUUGCAGGUGGACAGCAACCCCCCGGGACAGCAGCUGUUCUACUCCCAGGACAGAAAAAUUGUAAUAUUGGAAGCCUAGAAGUGAGAAGAAAAGGGGCCACCUAGUUGCAGAUGCUACCAUGACACCAUCCUGACUUCCCUGGGCAGAUGACCUCACCAAUGUGUCCUGAAACUUUACCUCUCCAGAGCCCUACUCCUCUAGGGAAAGAUAGAAACAGACUGAGGGUAUGGAUUGACCUGAAAGUGCCCAUGACCAGCAGAGAAGCAAUUACAGAAGCCAGACCUUCUACCUUCUGCACCCCAUAAUGACCUUGGGUCCAUACUCCCAGAGGGUUGAAGAAUAGGAAAGCUAUCAAGGGAGGCAAUGGGAUAUGGAGUUCUGGUGGUGGGAAUUGUGUGGAAUUGUACCCCUCUUAUCCUAUGGUCUUGUUAGUGUUUCUAUUUUAUAAAUAAAAAUAAAAAAACAUACACAUAGGUAUAGAAAGUUGUAUGCUAUGUGUUAGCACCGUAGAAGACUAGAUAUAACAUACCUAAAGCAUUUGGCAAUCUGAAGGGGAAGAAAAAGAAUAGGGAAGCUUUUAAUGAG